AUGCUACUAUCUAAUCGGCACUUGGAAUUUUAUAAAAGUGCACUUCCUCAACCUUUGACUUCGAUUCAGCGUCUUUAUAUUAGUCGGCUAGUUGAGAAAUAUGGAGCUGAUUUUCAGAGAAUGAUGAUGGAUAUAAAGCUAAAUCCUAUGCAGCAUUCUGUUGCAACUUUAGAGAAAUUGUAUUUUGGUUGUUUUGACACUUUGGAUGUUGCUCGGAAGUAUAAGUUGGCCAAGGAAAACAUCAAAGAGAUUCCAUAUUUUCAAAGUAGAAAACUUCUUUUGGCAUGCUCACUUAACUUGAUGGCCUGCUACUUGAAGACAAGGCAGUAUGAUGAAUGCAUAAAAGAAGGUUCUGAGGUUUUGGCGUAUGACGCAAAGAACCUUAAGGCUCUUUAUCGAAGAGGCCAGGCAUAUAAGGAACGAGGCCUGCUACAGGAUGCCGUCACUGAUUUGAGCAAUGCACUUGAAGUGUCUCCUGAUGAUGAUAUAAUUGGAGAGCUUUUACGGGACACCAAGGAACAGUUGAUAAAGGAAGGUGGUCAUUGUGCUCCUGGAAGUAUAUUGUUUGUUUUAGCGGAAGUUGUCAAACAACAUCUAUGUCGAUCGUUUCUAGAUCGACAUCUUCUUCUGCAGAAAGCAAUCAUAUUCUUAACGCAAAGGGACAAGGCGAGGACAAAGGAAAUUGAACUCUUAAUGCAAAUGCAGAAUUUUAGUGGAAGACAGGGAUUGGAAUCACCCGCUGAUGGUAGACGUUCAUCUGAGUCUAGCUACCGUAUUGGAGAUAAUGGAACUUCAUGGGGGACAAAUUAG